AUGUCGUCCGACGACGCGACGCCCGCGGAGGCGACGCCUCCCGCGGAGGACGCCGCGGACGACCCCGCGCCGGAGGAAGAAGAACCGGAGGAGCCGCUGCCGAUGGAGUGCGACGCGACGCUCGUGUUCGCGUUCCGCGCGCGCGCGCCGCCGCGGCCGAUCGCCGCCCCGCGCGCCUCCGUCGUCCCCGCCGAGGAGACAUCUGAUGAUCACGAGAAGGCGGACGCGAGCGGCGGCGACGCGCCCGCGAAGACGACGACGGAGCCGACGCCCGAGGCCGAGGCCGCCGCGCGCGAGGACGACCCGGUCACGUCGUCGAUGACGAUAACGUGGACGCUCCCCGACGGCGCGACGGCGACGACGCCGCACCCGCUGGUCCUCGAGCGGAGAGACGCGGGAGUGGUGGACGUGGAUUUCGUCUCCGCGUCGGCGAUGAUCAGGGUGGACGAGGCGAAGCUCCGGGCGAUCGCGGCGACGCCGUUCGUCGCGGUGACGUUCACGCGCGUGGACGAGGCGCGGCGAACGCCGGAGGAGGCGGGGGAGGAGGCGGCGGGCGAAGCGGUUGACGAUGCGCCCGCGGCGGAUGCGCCCGGCCCGACGACGACGACGUACUCCGUCACCCUGGGCGUCUCCGGGGUCAUCCUGGGCGUGCGCGCGUUCGAGCGCCUGACGUUCACGACGUCCGACGCUCGCGUCCGGGAGACGGUAACGGACGACGACUACGCGUUACUACCCCCCAUUUUGGCUGGGUACGCGGACGCGUCGUUCGAGUUGAGGUACGCCGGCGACGGGACGUCGCCGCCGGAGCCGGAGCCGGCGCCGGAGGCUGAGGCCGAGGCCGAGGCGUCGGACGCCGCCGCGCCGCUGCCGCCGCCGCCGCCGCCGACGUUCAUCCCGAGCGGGCUCGCGCGCGAGAUGGCGCCGUUCGCGGUGACGCUGCGGUCGAUCGACCGGCUUCCGGACGCGCCGGCGUCGGCGGCGGCGUUGACGGAAAAAUGCGAGCCCGUGACGGCGCACUGGAGGUUCGCCUCUGGGGUUCUGCCGGUCGUGUCCCUGGAAGCGACGAGCAGCUCGGGAUGGAGCGAGCCGAUGGCGGGGACGUACCCGCCGAUUCGCACGCGGGGUGCCGAGUUUGGGGUGCCGACUAUGCUGUUCGGGAUGGACAUGGCCGGGUGGAGCGAGGGAGAGUGCGACGUGUACCGGACGUGCGCGACGAGCGUCCUCGAGGUUAGGGUGCACGAUAGGGUCAAGAUGGAGGAUAAAGAGGCGACGGCCGCGAUGGCGGCGUUUUUAGGGAGAGGAAAAGGUAGGAAAAAGAAGAAGAAGAAGAAGCCCGAGGGCGAGGAGGGGGAGGAGGAAGCGGAGGAGGAGGAGGAGGAGGCGGCGGAGGGAGAGGACGCCGACGGCGACAAGCCGCCCGACGACGCCGACGCCGCCGCCGACGCCGACGCGCGCGCGGACGAAGAAGCGCCCGCCGGCGACGGAUUCCCCGCCGCGGACGUCUACGGCCUCGCGACGUUCGACCUGCGCGCGCUGUGCCACCCUCCGCACGUCGCGCGCGCGCUCUCAGGCGCGUUCUCCUCACGCCGGUCCCCGUACGACCGCGUCGGCGCGGUGAACGCCGAUCCUUGA